GUGUAUGUAUGUAUAAAUGGCGUAGGGCUUAUGGAGCCGUUGUAACGUAAACCGCGAGAUUUCAAUUGGACUAGGCGAAAUAGGGAGCCGCUUUUCUCUGUUCCUCCUACAGAGGCCGACGAAAUGGCCUCGCUCACCCUUCCACUCUCUAAUAGCUUUAAACAAGUCCCUCCGGUGGCUAUUCCUCCCAUGUUGGAUUGCCUUUUGGCGUCAACCGGUUUAUCUGCUGCUACAAUUUUCGAUUCUCUUCUGGGUGGUUUUACUGAUCUUACUAAUGAUGCUAUCAAGGAGGGCGAGAUGUUGAGUUCUGAACAGUGCAAUAAUAUUGCAUCAAUGAUGGUUGCACUUUGUCAUCUUCUCAAGAAACUUGGGGCUCAUCAUGAGACUUUUCAAUCAUUUAUGUGGAAAAGUUUUAUUCCACUAAUUAAGAUUGUUCCUGCCUUUGACCGUGAAAUGUUUAAUCAGAUUGCAGAAUCAUUUUUUGAUGUUGUUACCAAGACUGAUUCCUGGGGAGUUUUGGAAGAAUCCUUGGUGCCUUGUCUUGUUAGUUCAGUUGCCCUUCAUUUGGGUAUGCUUAAACACAAGGGAUCAGAUGUUAAUGAAUGGGGUAGUUGCUUACUUUUCCUGUGUUUAAAGGAUCAGAUAAGGGCUUCGGGUGCAGAUAAAGAGUACAUGCUGUCUUUAUGUAGGCCAAUUUCAUUGUCAACAGCGUGCCAUAUUUUAGCCUUAAUACUGGAUGCUGCUCUAGGAAGUCUUCAAGCCGCUCAAAACACAGAGUCAAUCUUGGAAAAUGGAUGUUAUGCAGAAAAGUUUGCUGUGAAUAUGCUCUGGAUCUUGUGUAGCAUGACUGAGCAAUUGCUUUUGCAGAGUUUGGAACACCGGUCUUGUGCAAUUAGCUUUUUUAUCCCUAUUAUUCUCAAAGCAUUUGAUUCUCAACGCUCUUUCAAGAUUACAGUUCUUGGGCAUACUCAUAUACUCUCUAGGAAUUGUUUUUUCAAGAAAAUUUGGAACUGCUGCGAAACUCUAUUCACUCUCAGGCCUUUGGAGAGAAGAGAUGCCUAUAGUGUACUCUCUCUCUACACAUCUUUUUAUUCUUGUACAGAAGGUCCUGAGAAUCCUGAUGGGGGUGUUAGAGUGGAAGGGUUUGACAUAAGUGCAGAGAGAGCAUUUUGGGAUGAACUAAAAAGGGGCUUGGUUGAUGAGGAAGUCUUGGUGAGGAAGCAGUCAUUACAUAUAUUGAAGACAGUUCUGCAGAUUAGUGGAAAAAGCCAAGCCUGCUCUGGUGGUUCAGAGAGGAAAUCACAAGAAAAACAUUCAAACCCUCAAGGUAUGACCAAAAGGGAGUUGUGGGCAGCCAAGGAAGCCAAGUCGCUGGGGGUUGGAAAACUGUGCAAUUCAGUUGAUUCUGGUUUGAAGGGUCGGCAGCAGUGGGAGGCAUUCAUACUGCUGUAUGAAAUGCUUGAAGAGUAUGGUACUCACCUAGUAGAGGCUGCUUGGAAUCACCAGGUAACCUUAUUGCUUCAGUAUUCUGUUUCAACUGAUAAUUUUCCAAGCUCUGUUACCGAAGCUCAACCUAAUAAAAUGGAAACUUUGGCUGAAACUUUUAUUUGGUUGUUGAUUCUGUGGGAACGUGGUUUUCAUCAUGGCAAUCCUCAAGUUAGGUGCAUCAUCAUGCAGUCAUUUUUGGGUAUUGAGUGGAAGAAUUAUGAGAACUGUGCAAAUUUAGUGCCUGAAAGCUUUGUUCUUGGCCCAUUCAUGGAAGGAUUGAAUGAUCCUGUGCACCACAAAGAUUUUGGUUUAAAAGGUGUUUACUCUUCAAGAACUACUGAAGGUGCAGCUAAUUUUUUGCAACAAUAUACACGUUUCCUAAAUGUAAGGAAGAGGAUUGCAUUUUUGAGGAAAUUAGCAUCCACCUCUAAACAGCAAUCUUUUGGUAGAGUUGGAAUGAUGACUCUUGCACGAUGCAUUGCUUCUGCUGCUUGUGGAGAUGGAACACAUUACAUUAAAUCAGAAUGUUGCCCAGAUGCUUUUACUGAAAAUGCCCAACUGAAGUCUUCUCAAGAUGGUUCCUCCUGCAAUGAUAAAUCAGAUUUGUUAGAUGUUUUGAGAUUUAUUAUUGAGAGCAGCAAACAACAUUUCAAUCCCACUUAUCGUCUUCGAGUUUGUGAGAAAGUCCUUGAGGCUGCUACUUGUUUAAUUUGCACAUUUGAUGUGCCUUUGGAGAUACUCUUGCACUUCAUUUCAGCACUACCACGAGAAUUUACUGAUUAUGGUGGUUCCUUAAGAUCACAAGUACAAGAAUGGGUUUCAGGGUGUGGUGGGCAGCAUUCUGCUGACUGCUGCAAACCUCAUAUGCUUCUUUUAAGGAGUCUUCAUGACUUUCCAAAAAUUUUCUCAGGUCAUCCCAAUUUGGAUGAUGCUUUUGUCCCUUAUGAUGAUGAAGACUUGGUUUCUUGGGAAUCUCAGGCUAAAAGAUGGGCAAGAGUGUUAUUUCUUGUAAUCAAGGAGGAACAUCAUUUAACCCCUAUACUGAAGUUUAUUCAAGAUAUUGGUAUCAAUAUCUGCAAACAGAACAAUUGGAAAGAGUGGAAACCCGUGAAAUUUCUCAUCCUUACCUUGAGCUUGGUUUCGGAGAUUCAAAUAAUGCAGGAGAGAUCUGAUGAAUGUGGUAUAAGAUUCAGGACCAAAUCAGAACUUGACUCACUCAAGAUGGUGGACCAAUAUACUUAUCCAGAAGCUUCCUUUAGUUAUGAGAAGUUAGCAAACCUAUUCCCUCAUGUAUUGGAGGAGCUGGUCUCUUUUGCCAACUUGUCUUUUUCCAUAUUUUGGUCCAGUGUGAUGAUUGAUGACACUAGUCUGCCUAGAUCCGUGAGUGGAAAACUUGGAGGUCCUAGUCAACGUAGGCUGUCAUCUUCUACUACCACAGCUGCAUUGCAAGCUAUAAUAUCCAUGAAAGCUGUUGCAUCAAUCCUGUCAUUCUGCGUGCGGGUUAAAACUGAUGCUUCACUGAAAUAUGCUUAUGCCUUUUUGUGGAACUUCUUCUGGAAGACUAUUUCGACUUGGACUCAUGAUUCUGAGAGUGGAGCGGAACUCUGUCUUGCAGCAUAUGAGGCGUUAGCUUCUGUUAUGCAAGCUCUAGUCUCUCCUGAAGCUUUGUGUUUUGUCAGAGAAAAUGAUAAGUCAGUGCUACAAAAAUCGGAAGGCAAACCUUGGAUGGAUUCAUGGGUUCUUUCUUUUCUUCAGAAUGUCAAUAGUCUUCUGGAAGUUGGAGUUCUAGCACGAACUCGAAGGGCUAUUUUACUGAACUGGAAGUGGCUUUGCCUAGAAUCUCUAUUGUCAAUUCCUCUCCGUGCUUGUGAAAAUGGAGGGAGUAGUAGUUCUUUCUUUUCAGAUGCUGCUGUCAGAUGCAUUUUUAAUGAUCUCGUUGAUAGCCUCGAGAAUGCAGGGGAAGGUUCUAUUUUGCCAAUGCUAAGAUCGGUCAGGUUGACACUGGACCUGUUUGCCUCUGGAAUGUUUGGUUCAGUUGUUUCUUCAUACAGUGUAGUGGAUUCCCAGAUGAUGUGGCGUUUAGUUCAUUCCUCUUGGAUAUUACAUGUCAACUGCAACAAGCGGAGGGUUGCCCCUAUUGCUGCGCUUCUUUCUUCUGUAUUGCAUUCUUCUGUGUUUUGUGAUGAGGGAAUGCAUAUAAAAGAGAAUUCACCAGGGCCUCUAAAGUGGUUUGUCGAAAAAAUUCUUGAGGAAGGCUCUAAAAGUCCACGUACAAUUCGUCUAGCAGCAUUACAUUUGACAGGUCUUUGGCUCUCAAAUCCCAGGAUCAUAAAAUACUAUCUCAAAGAACUUAAGCUGCUAACACUCUAUGGUUCUGUUGCCUUUGAUGAGGAUUUUGAAGCUGAAUUGAGUGAUAAUUAUGAUUCCAAAAUUGAAGUAUCGUUAUUAGCCAAAAGCCCAGACUCUGAGCUGACAGAAAGAUUUAUCAACACUGAGUUAUAUGCACGUGUGUCCGUUGCUGUUCUGUUUUACAAGCUUGCUAAUCUGGCUGAGGUGGUGGGAUUAGCAAAUGCAAGUGAGGACUGUCAAGCUGCACUUGACUCUGGAAAAAUGUUUCUGCUGGAGCUUCUUGAUCUUGUGGUAAAUGACAAGGAUCUUGCAAAGGAGCUAUAUAAAAAAUAUAGUGCGAUCCAUAGGCGAAAAGCACGUGCCUGGCAAAUGAUUUGUGUUUUAUCAUGUUUCGUUGAUCAUGAUAUAGUCGGAGAUGUCACACAUUUCUUGCAUAUAUCUCUCUAUAGAAAUAACUUACCUUCUGUGCGCCAAUAUAUGGAAACAUUUGCUAUUAAUAUUUACUUGAAGUUUCCAUCAUUGGUUGGGGAGCAAUUAGUUCCUAUUUUACGAGAUUAUGACAUGAAGCCUCAGGCACUUUCUUCCUAUGUGUUCAUUGCUGCUAAUAUUAUCCUCCAUGCAUCUAAAGCAGUCCAGACUAUGCAUUUGGAUGUUUUACUUCCUCCCAUAGUUCCAUUAUUGACCUCGCAUCACCACAGCUUACGUGGCUUUACCCAGUUGUUGGUAUACCAUGUUCUUUGCAAAUUGUUUCCUCCUGAAUCUGAAACCUAUCAGGUAAUGCCUUUAGAGAAAAGGUGCUUUGAAGAUUUGAAAUUAUACCUGGCAAAGAAUUCUGAUUGCGUGCGCUUGCGAGCAUCGAUGGAAGGAUACCUUGAUGCCUAUAACCCCAAUCUUUCCAUUACUCCAGCCGGAAUAUUUGUCAAUCGGGUUGAGGAACUCCAGUUUGAAUGCAUUCCAAGAUCCCUUAUGGAGCAAGUGCUCAACUUCUUGAAUGAUGUCAGGGAAGACCUGAGAUGUUCAAUGGCCAAGGAUGUACUGACUAUCAAGAAUGAGAGCCUAAUAAUAGGUGAAGAUCCUGACUGCACAGAAAUAUUGUGCAAUCCUGGCAAAGAAGAAUUACUUUCCUACCAGCAUAAAGAUUCAUCGUUAGAUUUUCAGAAAAAAUUUACUCUGUCCAAACAUGAGAAGCAAGAUGCUAGUUCCAGUUCUCUUUUGGGAAGUAGAGAAACAUACAAACAACUUUCAGAAAUUGAAAAGGAAGAUCGACUUUUUGAUCAUGCGUUGCAGUCAAGAAGUGUGACUAUGGAUAAAAUAAGGGCUAGUCGACAACAAUUUGUCCUUGUUGCUUCAUUAAUCGAUCGCAUACCUAACCUUGCCGGUUUGGCACGGACAUGUGAGGUAUUUAAGGCAUCUGGAUUAGCCAUUGCUGAUGCAAACAUAUUACGUGACAAACAAUUCCAGCUCAUCAGUGUGACAGCAGAGAAGUGGGUUCCCAUUGAAGAAGUCCCGGUUAAUAGUGUGAAACAUUUCUUGGAGAGAAAGAAACGUGAAGGCUUCUCCAUCUUGGGGUUAGAGCAAACUGCAAACAGUAUACCUCUUGAUCGCUACAACUUCCCAAAAAUGACGGUCUUGGUCCUUGGGCACGAGAAGGAGGGCAUACCUGUGGACAUAAUUCACAUGUUGGAUGCUUGCAUUGAGAUUCCACAACUUGGAGUUGUUAGAUCACUGAAUGUCCAUGUUAGUGGCGCCAUUGCUCUCUGGGAGUAUACUCGACAGCAUAGAUUUCAGUAGUUGUUUAUCCUUGAUAGGGUAAUUCUUUAAGAUAGAUACACAUAUAGAGGCUUAUUCUUGUUUCCAAUCUGUAAUUUUGUUAUGUAGCAUUUCUUUGUCCUCAUAUUACGUUUUUCAUUUUUUGGACAUUUGGAAUGACUAGUUAUGUCAUUUAUCUUUUACCUGUUGAAAGUAGUAAAAUAAAAUGUCAUCGUA